GCGCCGGGCGCGGGGCUCGGUGACAGCAGAGGCGGCGGCGGGCGGGACGCAGGGAGCCGCGGCGCCGACAGCAGCGGGCAGGGUGUGCGGGAGGGGUGGGGCCUCUCCGGUGGCGCGUAGCCCCAGGAGCCCGGGAGCGGGCGGCGCGCGCAGUUUGCGGGCCGGGCACCCGAACUUGGGAGAAGUUGCCGGAACCGCGGGGCGCAGGCGGCGGACGGAUUGACCUUCAGAGCGAGGGAGCCACCGGCCACCAUGGCGUCGCGCAUCGGGCUGCGGAUGCAGCUCAUGCGGGAGCAGGCGCAGCAGGAGGAGCAGCGCGAGCGGCGGCAGCAGGCGGCCGUGGUCCAGUUCCUGCAGCAACAACAGCAGCAGCUUGGGGCCCCGCCCUCGCCCGCCAUCAGCACCCCGGUGCCCUUCCAGCCACCGCCACCGGUGCCUGGUGAGGUGCUCAAGGUGCAGUCCUAUCUGGAGAACCCGACCUCCUACCACCUGCAACAGUCCCAGCAUCAGAAGGUGCGGGAGUACCUGUCUGAGACCUACGGGAACAAGUUCGCAGCCCGGGUCAGCCCCGCCCAGGGCUCCCCGAAGCCCCCGCCUGCCGCCUCUCCUGGGGUACAUGCCGGACAUGUGCUGUCCACCUCGGCUGGCAACAGCGCGCCCAACAGCCCCAUGGCCAUGCUCCACAUAGGCUCCAACCCCGAGAAGGAGUUUGAUGACGUCAUCGACAACAUCAUGCGCUUGGACAGCGUGCUGGGCUACAUGAACCCCGAGCUCCAGACGCCCAACACGCUGCCCCUGUCCAGCAGCCACCUGAACGUGUACAGCAGCGAUCCCCAGGUCACAGCCUCCCUGGUGGGGGUCACCAGCAGCUCCUGCCCCGCCGACCUGACCCAGAAGCAGGAGCUCACAGAUGCUGAAAGCCGGGCGCUGGCCAAGGAGCGGCAGAAGAAGGACAAUCACAAUCUCAUUGAAAGGAGGCGGAGGUUCAACAUCAAUGACCGCAUCAAGGAGUUAGGAAUGCUGAUCCCCAAGGCCAGCGACCUGGAUGUGCGCUGGAACAAGGGCACCAUCCUCAAGGCGUCUGUGGACUACAUCCGGAGGAUGCAGAAGGAUCUGCAGAAGUCGCGAGAACUGGAAAGCCACUCCAGGCGCCUGGAGAUGACCAACAAGCAGCUCUGGCUGCGUAUCCAGGAGCUGGAGAUGCAGGCGCGGGUGCACGGCCUCCCCACCACGUCGCCGUCAGGGGUGAACAUGGCCGAGCUGGCCCAGCAGGUGGUGAAGCAGGAGAUGCCCGGCGAGGAGGCCCCGGCCGAGACGCUGAUGCUGGGGGCCGAGGUCCCCGAGCCCGAGCCGCUGCCGUCGCUGCCUCCCCAGGCUCUGCUGCCCCCGCCUGCCGAGCCCCCGUCCCCGUUCCAGCACCUGGACUUCAGCCACAGCCUGAGCUUCGGGGACGGGGGUGAUGAGGGCCCCGCCGCCUACCCCGACCCCCUGGGGCCCGAGCACGGCUUCCCCAACCUGUCCAAGAAGGAUCUGGACCUCAUGCUCCUCGACGACUCCCUGCUGCCGCUCGCCUCCGACCCCCUCUUCUCCACCAUGUCCCCCGAGGCCUCCAAGGCCAGCAGCCGCCGCAGCAGCUUCAGCAUGGAGGAGGGCGACGUGCUGUGACGCAGGCGGCCCCUCCGCGGACUCCGCGCCCGCCCGGCAGCCCCUGGGGUCCUGAGAGCGCCCCAGGGGCAGCCCUGUCGCUGGACUGGGUGGAAGCAGACUGCAGGGGCAGGGAGGAGACAGUGGCCUGGGGUAGGAGGAGCCCCGGCCCCGGCCCGGGUGCUGGGUGUCGGGCAGCAGGGCCUUCGGGGAGCGCCUGGGAGGCCGCAUCUGCCCGAGCACUCAGGCUCGCUUUCUGGGGCUCCACGGCCACCCCGCAGGUGGGCACCUACCCGCCUUUGGUGCUAACAGCUCUCCCCGUGGGGUGAGGGCGGUGUGGCCAGAAGAGAAGGUUGGGUCCGGGGCUGAAGGGUCACUGCCGGCAGAGCAGCUCCCCCCUCUCCGGACCCCCACUUUGUGCCUUUAGUAAACACUGUGCUUUGUACCUCUGGUCCUGUCUCUUUGGCGCUGGCCUAGGGCAGGUGGCAGGGAUUCAGAGUUUGGGUGCUCCCUGAAGUGUUAGGGGGUGCAGAGGAGCGGACAAACACGGAGGUCCCCCAGAACCGCACAGCUCCUCCGCGGUAAGAGGGCAGGUUUGGGUGUCAACGGGGGCGUUGUCCCUCGCAGCCACAAGGUGGCGCUGCCGCCACGCCGGACCCGCACCUCCCGCUGUGGCCGGCGCCUUGCUGGCCGGAGGAGGCAGGGGACGGCCUUGCUCCUGAGCCAGGCCCCUUGUCCCUCGUGGCAUCUCUGGGACGUCUUGGUCAGCUGCCCCUGUCCUGGCACAGCGCUUCCAGCUCUUCCCCGUGUGGCCCCUCCAGCAGGACAGACGGCUGGCAGCGCUGUGGGAAAGGGACCCCGGUGAGCUACCUUCGGAGGGGUCAGGAGCACAGGCCUCCGCAGUCCUGUGCGCUUGGGGGCCGUGGGCCGAUCGCUGCACAUCCUUGCCUGGGGUCUUUGCUGUGGUGGGGAGGGGUCAGGACCUCACCCAAGAUGGGGACACAGGCUUAGGCUGCAAAGGGUCCCAUGGGGCCACCUGAGCCCCAAGGAGGACAGAGGAAGGGGUGGUAGUGGCUUCACCUCCCAGGGACCUGGGAGGCCAGGGAAGGCCUGAUUAAAAAAAAAUCCCAACUGCAAA